AUGUUCGCCCCAGCACGCCGGCGAUGCGCGCAAGCCAUUGCACAAUCCACCUCCCCUGCCGCCGACUCGAUACCGACGUUCCUCCUGCCCCGGUUCGCUGCGCCCAGGACCUUCACCACAACCGCACAAUGCGGGUCCAAGAUCGGAGCGCUCCCGCUUUCAGUACCCCCGGGCGUGACCUUCAGUGUGAUCGCGCCAAAAGCAGCUGCAAAGGGAGCAAGAACACAGUCAACAAACAUGGUGCACGUGAAGGGACCGCUGGGCGAGCUGUCGAUGGAGAUAGCGCCCUACAUCGCCAUUGACCAGCAGUCGAUGACGCUGAGCAUACAAGAUGCCACCGAUGCGAAGCAGAAGGCCAUGUGGGGAACCACACGUGCAUACCUCCAGAACCACAUCCUCGGCGUCAGCGAAGGCCACAGCGCAAUUUUGCGUUUCGUGGGUGUCGGUUUCCGUGCCUCGAUCGAAGACACAGCCACGACCGUCGAAGCCGAGUUCCCUGGCCAGAAGUUUGUCAACCUGAAAGUCGGGUACUCGCACCCAGUCGAACUCUGCAUACCCAAGGGCGUAACGGCGAGCACACCGCAGCCUACACGCUUGCUGCUCGAGGGCCCCGAGAAAGAGGUGGUGAUGCAGUUCGCAGCGAAGAUCAGAAAGUGGCGCGUACCAGAGCCGUACAAGGGCAAGGGCAUCUUUGUCAACGGCGAGACGAUCAAGCUGAAGAACAAGAAGGUGUCGUAA